AUGUCUGAAACUAAAUACGCGUUAGUUACUGGUGCUUGCCAAGGUAUUGGAUACCAAUUAGCUUUGCAAUUAUCCAAAGCAGGUUACAAGGUGAUUGGUUGUUCUCCUCCCAGUGUUGAUGAAAUUAAAACUACAGCUUUAACUGUCAAUGAGAUUACCGGAGGAAAAUUACAUGUGCUUUACAACAAUGCUGGUAUUGCUGUUAUUGGUCCUGGUAUUGAAACCCUGGAAGAAGAUUUGACUAACGUGUUUAAUGUCAAUGUCAUUGGUCACAUCAACAUGACCAAGUAUUUUGCUCCUCAAGUUAUUAAUGCCAAGGGAACAAUUCUUUACACUAGUUCCGUUGCGGCCAGAGUUCCACUUGCUUGGAUCAGUGCUUACAAUGCAACCAAAGCAGCAAUUGAUCAAUACGCUUUGACAUUACAUGGAGAAUUGAAGCCAUUUGGAGUGAGAGUUCAUAGUGUCAUUACCGGAGGGGUUAAUACUGCUAUUUUUGAUCCAAACUUGCCAGCUAAAUUUGAAGAUUCUUAUUACAAUGUGCCAGGAGCUGAAGCUAGUUUCAAGGCUUCUGCCACCAUGUCUCGUGACUUGAACAUCUCUCCUGAGAAAUAUGCUAAACAAAUUGUUGCUGAUAUUCAAAGCAGAUGCGAUCCUGGGUUCAAUCUUUAUCAUGGUGCAAAAGCCUAUUUAUUGCAUUGUGCUAGUCGAAUCUUGCCAUUCUGGCUUUUUGAAAUGGCUGUUCAAAUCUACUUUAAGGAAUAUCAAGUGUUUAGAACCAUUGCCAAAAAUGUUAAACAAGGAGAUUAUAAAAAGAAGAAUGAAUAG